UUUUAUGAAUGAGUAGGUUUGCCUUCGGAAGGACUAUCUAGACAUGACAUCACUCCAUCGUUCUCAAGAGCUCAGACUAACUUACUAACUGAUAUUAGAGAAGGAAGGACUGAAACUGUUGAUACUUGGCCUAAACAACAACUACUGAAAACACAUGGUACUUUCAUGACUAUUGCAUGGCUAGCAUUAGCUAUGUCGGGUGCCUUCUUUGCUGCCUGGAUGAAACCAGUACUGCCUAAUGGAGAAUGGUUCAUAGCUCAUCGGAUACUAAUGGCUGGAUCACUCAUUGUUGGUGUACUAGGAUUCAUACUACCAUUCAUUGCACAUGCUAGGAGUCCUACCCCUGGGCUUAUCAGCUUCUCAUCUGAUGGUAAGAACACAGCUCAUUUCAUUAUUGGAUUUAUCAUAAUGGCACUUCAUAUUGCUAAUCCUAUUAUUGCUAUUUUCCGCUGUAAUCCAAAAGGAGAAAAGUAAGACACUUCUUACAUU